CCCCCACGUAUCCCGCCCCACCCGCACCAGCAGCCCGGCCGGAACGUCUCACUGCGAAAACCUGCCAGAACCACCGGCUUCACCAUUUUUGCUUCUUUCUUCUUCCCCGGAUUUGCCCUCCUACAACAGCGUCGCUCCGCCCGCCCUGUGCGACAGAGAGUGCUUCUCUCUGAUUGCGACGCCAGCGAGCCCCGCGACCGCUCCCCCGUCUCCCCCUCCCUCCUCCCACCGUCGCAACCACCAUGACCUCAAAUACCACAUGGCCUGCGAGCCAGCCCACCACGACAGCCGAUCCGCAGUUCGCCAGCAUUGAUGCCAUCGGCGAGCAGGAUUUCGCCAAUCUGCUCGACUUCGGGUCCUUCGACUUCCUUACCAAUUUCGACGGCACCCAUGAGAACGCGCACCACAAGCUGCAGAGCCAAGCCGUCGACAUGAAUCUUCUCGCAAACGCCGCGAGCGAGCAGGCCCAGCACGAGGGGCAGCAACAACACCAGCAGCGGGAUGCCGGCUCUGUGUCUCAGGCGCAGAGCAUGUUCGACAUGCCAAUGUCGAUGACCUUUGGACAGUCGGAACCCACCCAGCCGUUCUCCAUGGCGCCGUCUGCGCGCCAUUCGCUGCAGACGCACUCCAUGAUCCCGCCCACGCCCAACAGCGUCGAGAUGCACUCGGACAUGGGCGCCUAUCUGCAGCAGAUCGAUGCGCAGACGCGCGCCAUGAUCGAGCACGAAUACAAGAUGCGACAGCGGGACUCUAUGACGUUUACGCCGCUCGGCACCCCCGCCGUAACACCGCAUGACAGUCAGUUCAACCAGGUAAACCAGUACGCUGUGCCUGGCGAGUACUUCAGCCCGCUGGUGUCUCCGGCCCUUGAAGGCCAACAGCGGCGGCCGCAGCAAGGAACGUCUACAGCUAAUCCGGCCGAUUUUGAUGUGGACAUGCUUGGCGACUCUGCACUGCAGCAAACAAAACAGCAACGUAAAGCUCGAAGACAGUCGACCAGCGCUCGCAAUGGCUCGGGAAGCCGGAGAGUUGCCCAGUCGCCCAUCCAGAAGCCAGCCCAGAAGCGGAAGUCCGGGCUUUCAUCCGUCAUCCCGCCCAAGGAGGUUUCCGAGCUUCUGGAGAUGCACGCCCAGACGCAGAUGUCGCCCACGUCACCCAACAGCACCCGUAUGUCGAGAGCUUAUGCAAGUUCGUCCGAUUCGAUAUCUCCGGAGCCUUUGUCAGAAGGCUUGAUGGGCCCACCUCCCAAACCACACUCCGCCAAGAACUCACCCGCCAUUCCUGCGAGCACCAAGUCGCCCAUGGUGGGCCCGAAUGGAGUGGGCUCCAUGCCUGCAACACCCGCCUCGCUCAUGCGGCUGAACCCCAAGGACUCACCUACUACCGUAUCUGUUCCGUCGACCAUUCACGAGCAGUACAACGAUGACAUGCCCAUGCUCGACGACUUGAUUCUACCCGAAGCUGCGACAUCCAACGCAAAAACCAACCUUCCCAAGAUUGACACCACUGUUGCGGACGGUGAUGCAACACCCCGCUUAUCCGCGAAGAAUGGUCUACAGCCCACAACACUUCCAGUCAGCACGCCCACAACCAAGUCCACUCCUGUCAUCAGCACCAUAGCUUCGCCCGCCAGCGCAAUUUCCAGUCCUGCGGCUGGCCGGCGUCCUGAGCUGAAGAGUCGAACCUCUUCUAAGAAGCGCGGUAGCCUCACCGGGCAGCUCGUGUCACCUGCGUUACGACCAAAGAUCUCGCCUAGCAUCAAGCCGCUGCUGCCGGAGGGCGAGAAGCUGACGGAAGAGCAGCACGCGCUGCUGCUGACAAGCCGCAGCAACUACCAGAACUUGAUUGAGGGCCGCAGCAUACCUGGUGUCACAUAUCCGAGCGACCUACCCAGCCAGCUGACGAGCAAACGGACGAGCCACAAGAUCGCCGAGCAAGGACGACGUCAGCGCAUCAAUGUCGCGCUGCAGGAGAUGCAAUGUCUCCUUCCCAAGAUGAGCCCGGUACUAGGCGCAGCAAAGGCCGAUGAUGAUGACGAUGAAGACGACGAAGAGCCUGGCGGGACUGCGAGCGGGAAGAAGAGAGGUGGUAAGGGCGGAGGAAACAGCAAGGCAGCAACGGUGGAAAAUGCCAUCUUGUACAUCAAGUCAUUGCAAGAUAAGGAAAAGUUGUGGCAGAAGGAGCGGGAAGAGCGGGAGAAGGAGAUGGAGCUACUGCGUCAGAAGUUGGACGCGCUCGAGCGCAGGCUGAGCGUGAGUAAAAGUCCUUCGUCCGCCGUUACGGCGGAGACGACAGAGGAAAAGGAGCCAAAAGAGAUAGAGGAGACGAAAGAGACGACGGAGACGAUGGAGACAAUGGAGACGAUGGAGACGACGAAUUCGAUGCCGAAUUUACAGCAGCCGUCUGCUGACGAGGAGACGAAACAGCAAUGAACCUCCCCCUCAACCUCUCACCAUCUACGGUCUCCCAUCCUGGGCCGGAUGUGAAAAUUGGAAGGUGGGGAGUCGACGAAUAUGCAUCAAUGUUGGAACCUUGAUGAGGCGAGGAUAGGACGACAUCAUCAUCUUUCUCGACUAUAUCUUCUCUUUCUUUCUCACUUGGCGGCCAUUUUUGAUUGUUCCCGGAAAGAGACAUCUGCGCAAUCCAUUUGCACGCACGGCGGCUUCGAUUUCUUCUCCCCUCUUUUUGCUAUGAAGACGAAAAGACGUAAUGACGCUUUUUUUUUGCGUGAGGAAAAGUACCAGAAGAGAGGCUUCUCCAUUCGACACAAUUCUUCUCCCAAGCCAAGGGGGGAGGGAUAGGAAUACGUGAUGAAAUGUGGCCCUUUUUUUGCCCAUCGGAUGACUGGGGAACGCCUAGAACAUGAACCCUACGCUGAACUGGGCGGCGGAUUGAUCUGAUGUUGUUACUCGGGCCGGGUUUAUACUGCUUGCUAAAAUUUUUUUUCUCCCUCUUCUUUUUUUUUUGGAUAUCAUACCCCAGGGAACGGCGUGUGCGUCAAGUGCUGAUGCAUGCAUAUAUAUAUACAUACAUAUAUAUAUAUCUAUAUACAAAAGUGGGAACUUCCCUUUUCCUGAACGUGUUAAAUUUCCACGCAUGGAAAAGAUGACCGUCCUCUUCGAGGAUAGACGGAGAACAGGGAUAGAUGGGUUAAAAAGCGAAUGUUUCCAAGGCCUGCCCUUCGCGUGCCUUUAGAGAGACAAAGUAGUUGUGUCGUCAUGAUGGCGUGAAAAAAUGAUACGUG